GGUUGCCGCUUUUAUGUCUUAUUCGCUAUUGUAUUCCAUUUUGUGAUUUAUACGAAGAUGUUUAUAUUCAAUCUGGAGACGUGAACACAUCUAACGUUGCGCAACACGCGCGGCGGCCACGCGCCGUCUGUUGUGCACGCGCCGCCAUACGCGUUGAACGUGGUUUAAAUCAGGUGACACAACAACAACAAGGAUGUGUGCUUCAUGACAUGUUGGGGUCAGUGAGGCGGCUGCGGAAUUCAGCUCGAGCCAAAUAAACCAAACGACAGUAAUCUGGACUUCAUGAGAGAGAGAGAUUGUGUGGGUGUUAUUAUUGUGUGUGUGAAUGAUGGAGAGGAUAGAGAAUGUGUUUCAUCUCUUAAACACUGACUUCAUAAAACCGUCACACAAAGAAAGCGACACAAAUUCACGUGUGUGUGUGUGGAGGUCAGAGGUCAGCAUGGGUCGGUCCUCCAAAGACAAGCGGGACAUCUACUACCGUCUGGCCAAAGAAGAAGGCUGGAGGGCGAGGAGCGCCUUCAAGCUGCUGCAGCUGGACCACGAGUUCCACCUGUUCACAGGUGUCCACAGAGCUGUGGAUCUGUGUGCAGCUCCUGGCAGCUGGAGUCAGGUCCUCAGUCGGAAGCUCAGAGGUCCGGAGCAGAAGGCCGGCGGGGCUGAGGAGGAGGAGGAGGUGAAGAUCAUGGCGGUGGACCUGCAGGCCAUGGCUCCUCUAGCAGGAGUCACUCAGAUCCAGGGAGACAUCACCAAGGUGUCGACGGCUCAGGAGAUCAUCCUCCACUUUGAGGGUGAGCCUGCUGACCUGGUGGUGUGUGACGGCGCUCCAGAUGUAACCGGGCUCCACGACGUGGACGAGUACAUCCAGGCUCAGCUGCUGUUGGCGGCUCUAAACAUCACAACUCACGUCCUGAAGCCUGGAGGCACGUUUGUGGCCAAGAUCUUCAGGGGGAAGGAUGUGACUCUGCUCUACUCUCAGCUGAAGAUCUUCUUCAGCAGCGUGACGUGUGCAAAGCCUCGCAGCAGCAGGAACUCCAGCAUCGAAGCCUUCGUGGUGUGCCAGAACUACUGCCCCCCUGACGGUUACGUGCCCAACAUGUCGAACCCUCUGCUGGAUCACUGCUACGUCUGGGUCUCUGUCCCUCAGACGUGGACUUUAACCAGUUGGAAGGUCCCAACCGCGUCAUCGUCCCCUUCCUGGCGUGCGGCGACCUUAGCGCCUUCGACUCGGACCGGACCUACCCUCUGCAGCUGGAUGCUGGUAAACAGUACCAGUACACCCCCCCCACCCAGCCGCCGAUUUGCCCCCCCUACCAGCAGGCCUGCCACCUGCGCAAGAACAACCUGCUGUCCAGAGAAGACGAGGCGCCACCAUCCACCUGAGCGUCGUCAUCUCUUAAAGGGACAGUACGGCAUGUCGGGAUCGUUAUCCUCCGUCUGACAACGAGAUGGAGACCCGUCCUGGUUUCUGUGCUUCCAGAGCAUUCUGGUUUUAUUUUUGUGGCAGGUACUUCCUUCCAUUCGGCUCGAGGAAGUGUUACAAUUUUAUAUUUUUAAGAAUAAAAGUAAUCUUGUGGAGGCAAAUUUAACAAAUGUGGUUUAGGUUAUUUGUAUUUAAUGGGGUUUUUUCUCCUCCAUAUCCUGCUUUCUAGUUUAAUUUACUUCAGUGCAUCUUAUUCUAUAAGAUUAUCAUGUGUGUGUGUGUGUGGCAUCGCUGUCCUGUGAGAAGCUUAUAUCUCUAAACAGAACCAACAGUUUUCAGCUUUG